AUGACUACGUUUAGACCACUAUCAAGUUUUGAGAAGAAACUUUUGACACAAUCUUUGAAUGACCAAAGAAAUGGAACUAUCUUCUCAAGCACAUAUUCCAAAUCCCCAAACAGAGGGAAUGAUGCCGAUUGGAAUUCAGACGAAGUUACACUUGGAACAAAUUCUUCAAAAGAUGAUUCGCGUCUGACACUGCCCUCAAUAGCAGCAACUUUGAAGAGACUUAUUAAAUCUCAACCCGCAUUAUUUGCAACUGUAAAUGAAGAGUGGGAAUUUGAGCCAUUGAAGCAGCUAAAAACUUCAGACAUUGUUAACGUAAUUGAGUUUGAAACCAUAAAAGAUAAAGAGGUCAAUUGUCAUUGGGGCGUUCCGCCACCUUAUCUUUUACGUCAUGCUUUCAACAAGACGAGAUUUGUUCCUGGAUCCAAUAAACCAUUGUGGACAUUAUAUGUAAUUGAUGAAGCGCUAUUGGUUUUUCACGGCCACGAUGUAUUGUUUGAUAUCUUUUCAGCCGCAAAUUUCCAUAAACUCUUUUUGAAAGAACUUAAUAACAUCAGUUUGGAAGCGCACUCCGACGAUCGAGUUUUGUUUGAUAUCAGCGACGUCAAUAUCUCCAACUUAAACUUCCCCAAAUCUAUAUACGAUAGUGCAAAAUUGCAUCUGCCCGCCAUGACACCACAAAUUUUCCACAAGCAAACUCAAUCUUUCUUCAAAUCAAUAUUCUAUAACACCCUGAAAAGACCAUUUGGCUAUUUGACCAAUCAAACAUCCUUAGGCCCAUCAACAUCUACAACACAACUAAAAAAGUACAAUGAUAUCUUAAACGCGCACUCUUCAUUGUGUGGUACAACUGUAUUUGGUAUAGUGAAUAACCAGAGAUUUAAUUAUCUGAAAUCCAUCGUUAACCAGGAGCAUAUAUGUCUAAGAAGCUUUAUCUGUGGCAUUGCGAUGAUAUGCUUGAAACCACUUGUUAAGGAUUUCACUGGUGCAAUAGUAUUUUCUAUUCCAAUCGAUUUAAGAAAGAACUUAGACUUGGGCGAAUCAUUGGGCCUGUUUUUCAAAGAAUUAAGAAUCGAAUGCCCACUUUCCUUAAUUGAUGAUGAACUUUCUGCCGACGAGUUUUUGGCAAACAGGAACGAUAAGGAAGAUGAUGAUGAAUUUAAUGAAAAAUUAAUGGAGUACCAAUUCAAUAAGGUCACGAAGCAUGUCAGCGAUUUUAUAAUGGCAAAAUUGAAAAGUUGGGAAAAGAAUGGGUUUAAUGAUGAUGACAUUAGAAGGAUGAAGUAUGACAAUGAUGAUUGCCAUAUUCAAAACUCAAAGACAAAAUUAAUUCAAAUCAAUGAUGUUUCCGACAUCUCUCUAUCAAUGAACAAUGAUGAAAAAGCUUUUAAAAUUAUAAGUUCGGGCUUUACAAGCUCAAUAAACCGUCCAACAUUGAUGUCCCUUUCGUACACAUACUGUGAAGAAAUGGGCUUGAAUAUAUGUAUUCAUUAUCCUGAUUCUUACAAUUUGGAAUCUUUCGUUGAGUGCUUCGAAUCAUUUAUUGAAUAG